CACUUCUAUAAGCCAGCUGCCCAUCAUUGGCCUAAAAAAUCUCAAAACAUUGGCGCUCAAAAAUGUCCCGACUCUGAAAAAACUACCGCCAGUGCUAAGCUUUACUCAUCUGGAGACCGCGCACUUUACGUAUCCUCACCAUUGUUGUCUUUUCAAGACCCGUCAUGCGAGAAAAAAGACCGUCGGAAAAUUUAAUC